CCGCAUGGCACAUGCCAUGAACAUGCAAAGAGAACAGCAUAUGAUGCACGUCAUGGCCGUUCCCACGAGGCCUCUCGGGUCGACGGACGUCUGGUUGGGUGACACUUCCAUCUGCGCUGCUGCUGCAGUAGCUUCACUCCAUUUCUGAAGUGAUCCGCCGGCCCCGAUGCUUCAGAGCGACGAACGUAUUCCGCUGUACAUGCGGUCAGGAUCCCGCCAAGACGGGACCGUGGAUGUACUGAGAGCAGGAGCUUUCACCCACCGACCUUCACGAUGGCACUCAUGGACGCGUAAGCUUGGCUUCCCGGUCCUGGUGGUUCUAAAUAUGACGGUACUCGCGGUGUUGGGUGUGCAAAUGCACAUGUCCACCUCGUUGAAGAACCACAUCGACGAGUCGGCGGUGACUGCCAUGUAUCACACUCGCGGCGGGGUUGUCGCAGCAAUGUUACCGAUCAAGUUUGCUGUGAGCCACGUGACUCCGUACAAAGACCAGGCUGGGAGAGGGACUUGCUGGGACUUUGGUACAAUUGGCGCGCUCGAGCAAUCGUACCGCAAGCAUGGAGUAGAGCAAGGGUGGCUAAAUGCCACAGACUAUGUGUCUUUCUCCGAGCAAGCGUACGGCAUCGAAGUGAUGGAGCUCUGCACGGGGUCCGCGGGCUCACCACAGCAACGGGCUUGCCGCGUUGCCGACGACAACGUGUGGCGCAAUUCAACCGAAGGCGGUGAAGUGCCGCUGCUGUAUUAUCUGCAAACCGGCCUGAAGGACUCUGUGUUUCCGACCCGCGUGUGCCCGUACCAGCCAACUGAAGGUCACGACUGGGACUGCUCUGGGCUUCAAAACGUGUCCAUUCGCAAGUCGAAUCCGUUGGCGUUCAACGUCACGGCAAUGGGGACAUUCUACGAACAAGCUAGCAUCAAGCACAAGUUGGUCGAAACCGGGCUUGCGAUGCCGCUCUCGACAACGCUCGUGUCAGUCCAGCACAUGUAUCCGUGUGUCGGUGACUGGCUUGCAAAGGACCCCCGGUGCCACCCAUCCAAGUGUCAGUUGUGCCCGCCGGAGCUACCCAUGGCCACAUGCUGCGUUCCUGCGGACAACACGGACGGCCAAACCAUGGACGGAGAAUUCCUCGCGCACUCGGGCAUGCAAGUGGAUGGAGGCCACGUCAUGCUGCUGGUAGCAUACAACGACAUGUUUCGGACGCGGGAAGGCGCGACGGGGGGAUUCGUUGUCAAGAAUUCUUGGCAAGACGGGUGGCAGGGCAGUCAUUCGAUGGCGUACUGGAUGCAGGACAUCUCCGAGUGGGACGAACGUGUCGUAUGCCCCAACAGCUUCAAUCCAUUCAACUGGUACGUUCCGACCGAAGACGACGGGGUCGUAGACAUUGCGGCGUGCUUAUCGGACGAUUCGAUGGCGUACGCAGCGCUGAAUCGCCAGCCGCUGCACUUGUCCUGCGUCGAUGACACGUACUGCGUGCCAGGGCGAACGUAUUUUGCCAAGAACCGGACGACGUGGGGCGACCGCAUGCACGUCAUGUGCUUUUGGGAGUACGAGCACAAGGACAACUCGUCCCAGCACGUAUGCUUUCCCCCGAUGCUCCAGGAAGCCUUGGCGACCACGCUCGAGUACGCCGUCGUUCGAUUGCUGCUUAGUCCAAGUCCGACGACUUCCCCGUUUGUAGGCCAGUAGAAGUGUACGAGAACGACGCGGACCUCUGCGGGUUCUACUUUCUCCCGUAUGCAACAGUGAGCCAAGUGUCGGCGCAGUUCCAAGGGUUUUUCGUCAACAGCUUUGAAGUGGAGUGGGCACGUCAGUCGUAUGCCGCCCAUCGCGCCGACUAUCCCGACCUGGAUUAUAGUCUCGUGGAAGCGUCCACAUUUCCCCAGCAUGCGACCGACCGCUUUGAUGGCCCGUUUCCAUUUGCUCGCCAGUACAAGCCACACGAUCCAUCGCAGCGCCGUCGCCACCAAAACCUCGUCUUGUAGACACAAUGCAUCCUCACCAGUCGUCAACAUAACAUUGUCGGGUAUUGCGUGGCAGCCACACGUUUGCGAUGGAACCACCAUAGGAGCGCCCACCUCCACGCGCUUAGAGCCCUCCACCAUGCGUCCGUCGUUCCGCGGCUUUCGCGGUGGCUGGAAUCCAAGAGUCUCCCGG